AUGUGUGAAAAGAAAACUUUAUUCAUUUGUUUAGUUUUAACUUGGCACUUCGGUCAGGUCCGGCAGGUGCGGGAGCGCUCCACUGGGACUCUUUGGGCGGGAAAGUUCAUGAAGAUCAAGAAGAGUCCGUGCAGUCUCCUGGGUCUGGAUCGGGGCGGCGUGGAGCGCGAGGUCGAGAUCCUGCAGGCGGUUCAACAUACAAACAUCGUGACUCUCCGAGACGUGUUCGAGAGCCGAGCGGAGGUGGUGUUGAUCCUGGAGCUAGUGAGCGGAGGAGAGCUGUUCGACUUCAUCGCUGGGAAGGAGAAUCUUCUAGAAAGUGAAGCCAUCGAGUUCAUGAAACAGAUUCUGGAGGCUCUGCGGUUCAUGCACAGCAAGAACAUCGUUCACUUCGACCUGAAGGUGACCUCCCCCGAAGUGAUCAACAGUGAACCUCUGAGUACAGCUGCAGAUAUGUGGAGCAUCGGAGUCAUCACCUACAUACUUCUGAGUGGUUUGUCACCGUUUCAAGGCUACACAGACGAAGAGACUCUGAGGAACAUCCUCGCCAUAACUUACGAGUUCGAUGAUCGAGUUUUCAGCACGACGAGCUCGAUGGCCAAAGACUUCAUCCAGAAACUGUUGGUCAAAGAUCCAAGAGAGAGAAUGACAGCCGACGAGAGUCUUCUUCAUCCCUGGAUCAAACCGAUCACUCGUACUCAGGCGACGAAAAGGAAUCGCUCAUCCAUCAACAUGAAGAACUUCAAAAAGUUCAACGCCCGUAGGAAAUGGAAGAUGUCCUAUAACAUGGUGUGGAUGUGUAACCGCUUUGUCCGCCUGAAGCUACUGUGUAAAAGCUCCAACCCGGAUCCCCUCCAGAGGGACUGUGAAAGUGAUGCCGAAGACACAGAAACCAAACCAGCUUCUCUGCUGCGACGACGACUCAGCAGCAGUUCGUAAAGGUGAUGAUGAAGAGCUGAGGAAGAUGAAGAGCUGAGAGGAGGAAGAGUUGAGGAAGAUGUAGAGCUGAGAGGAGGAAGAUGAAGAGCUGAGGAGGAAGAGCUAAGGAAGAUGAAGAGCUGAGAGGAGGAAGAGCUGAGAGGAGGACGACGAGGGGCUGAGGAUGAUGAGCUCAGAGGAUGAGAUGGAGAGCAGUUUGGAGGACGUACUGCCCCGUCUGAUGAGACUCUUUACUAAAGAACUUCAACAAACUUAUAUUUUCUAUAAAGUCUUCCGUCACUAAACAUAAUAAUAUUUUUGUAAAUGUCGUCCUGUGUUUGUGAUACGUCGGUCAAUGAGUAAAUAUCUGUAAAGUACACAGACAUAUAAACAACCAUGAAACAAAAAAACGAGAAUCUACGUCACUGAAGUUUUAACUUAAACUUAAAACAUUUUUGGUGCUUUCAUACUCGUACAAAAACUCCUGAAAUUUUCAGGUUGAGCUGCAUGUGUGGACGCAAACAGACUUUUUUUUUUUUCCCUGCCAGCCUCGUUUUAAUUUUUGUUGCAUGUGAGCCGGGGGCGAGAUGAUGUGUGAUCGCCGCGGGAAAAACCCAGGGAUAUUCAUCUCCAGCGAGUGGAAGAGGGGUGAAGAUGUUUACUCCCCGACGCAGGCGCACGACCACAGACUGCAUGCAAGCAAUCUAGGAUAGUCUUCGCUUUGAGGUGCAUGUGUGAACGAACAACUCAGGAAGAUUUCAGGGGCAGGGAAAUUGUCAAGACAUUUGCACGUGUGGAAACGGUUGAUGUGUUACUACCUCUGUCUCACAUUAAGAGCUCUAGCUGUUCAUUGUUAUAAUAAAGUCAAAGUUACUUCAUAGUGUAAGAUCUAGGAGGAAAUAUGUUUCAGUUUUAUUUGGGUGGUUUGUUAAUGUGACCUUACUUUCUUUAGCAUCUGUUUACAGUUCAAUCCCUGGACGAAGCACAGAGCAGUGAACCUAACGGGAUGCAGCUGCAGCAUCUUUGAUGACUGUCAUGGGUUAAGACAAUAUCAGAAAAUAUUUUAUGUACGUUAACUGGUUUAAAGUGGUGUUUUAAUAAAUGGUGUUUUGGAUUGAUAUGAAAAUGA